AUGUAAAUUUUUGUUUUCAUAAUCUUACUACAAAUAUCUGCUUCAUAAUGGUUGCCAGGUGAUAGCUAAUUGAUAACUAACUAAAUUUAUUAAGAAGCUACAAACGAUUAAGCUUACUUAUACACAGAAAAUUUUAUAAAAUCUGGGACAUAAUAUACGACUGCAAACUUUAUCAAUUGUUAAAGUCCACUUACAAGUUAUAUUACUUUAGAUUAGCAUACCACUAAAGUUGAAAAUAUCAUUUGGCUUAACUAUUAAAAGGGAUAAGUUCUAUCAUUUGAUUUAUAUUUUCAUGGUACAUGGAAUAAUUAACCUGUAACAAUGAAAAUUGGUAGCUUUAGCGAAACCAUAAUUUAUACAUCCCCGACUAUUUAUUAGACAUCAGGAUUUUGCGAUAAUACGCCAUACGAAGUUAAAACAUUUAAUUAUUAAUUCAUGAACUCAUAUUCAGGAAAAAUGUCUUUUGAAUCUUCCAAUAUUAAUGGAAUGGUAUCUAUAAGAAAUAUUUUUACAACUCAAAUCAAAUGUUAUCCUUCUUGUAUGACUUGCAAUGGUCCUGAACAUAAUUAAUGUUAGAGUUGCUUUUAUGAUACAAUAUCAAAUAAUGUUUGUCCACCAUGUCCAAUUAACUAAUACUAUGUAAAAUAUUUGGGAUGUAGAAAUUUGUGCGAUUUUGACUCCAAACUAUUUAAGAAUGGAUUCUGUUAAGAAUAUCCAGGUAAUAUAUAAUAUUAUUAAGUGAAUUAUUUUCAGUCGACUUAAUUCCAAAAUAAUUAAUUCUAUUUUGAAAAUCUAAAAUGGUCAAUUAAAUAUGAUAAAAACCACUUUGAUACAACAGUUUGUCUUUAAUUUAAUGUUGGCAUGUUAUUUUAUGGUAUUUUCAAAUAUAAUUCUGGAAUUUAAAGGUUUGUGAAUGAAAUAAAUUAAGCUGAUGGAUCGAAAUCAAUUGGCUUAAAAAUAAUGAUUUUAAUAUUUGGAGAUAUUCCAUUGGAAGGUGGCAUAUCAAUCAAACUUAACAAUACAUAUUAUGGUUCUAUAUUUAGAAGCUCCUCAGGAAUAUAAACGCACAAUGUUUAAAUAUUUGAUGUGAUUUCCUUGGAGCCAUGCCUUACAUAUUCAAAUUGUUACAAAUAUGAAUUGCACAUGUUUGUUGACAUACCUUAAUAUCCAUUUUUAUUUUCAUCCUAGAGUAAUUUUACGUAUUUAAUAUUUUAUUAUCUUUAGAGAUAAUAGUGCAGGCUGGGGAUUGAUUUCAAUUUCAGUCACAGCUGGAUAUUGCCCAAUAUUUUGCAAAAAAUGUGUCGUAUCGUUCGAGUGUGAAAUUUGUGAUUAAUAAUUUUUAAAAUAUCGUGAUGGUAGAUGCAUUUACAUUCACUCAUGCGUUUAGCCAUACUAAAAAAAAAAUGAAACUCAUUGUAUAGAUUUCGACGAUGAAACUCCAUGUAAAACAAUUUACCAUUAUUUAUAGAUUCAAUAUUUUUGGUAAAAGAAUAUAUUGAUUAUGCCAAUGAUCCUACAUAGAUAAGUAAAUAUAGUAUACUAACACAAUCGUCAUCACCUAAUGUAAAUUUUUUAAAAGGAACCAGCAUUUUUUAUUCAUAUUGGAAAUCUUAUAGAGUUUUUGGUGGUCCUUAUGUUUGGGCUUAAGCUAAAUUUUAAAGAGUACAUUAAAUAGAAAAUCCUCAUCACGGUAUUACUAUAGGGUUUUAUAUUUUGUUUGGUCCCAAUUUUCCUUCUUCUGGAUCGUUUGUUUACACUAUUGAUUUCAAUCCUAGUGUAAGAAUUACGAUUAGUGAUGUGCCAAACCCAAAUGAUGAUGGGACAAAAACCUACAAAGUUUAUUAAAAAAUAAACCAUGUUGCUGGUUCAUUAAAAAUGAUUUGGGAUUGUUAGGGUGUUAACAACGAACCUAUUACAUCAUAUUGUGCAGUUUAUAAUUAUUACAUUGCAGUUCACUAGUGUUAGCCAUUUUGCUUAUAAUGUAUAAAUGAAUUUUCUUGUACAAUAUUCGAUGAUGUAGUAGAAGAUCCAAAUCUUUUAAAAUUUUCUUAGUCUGAAUGUUAAAGCAAUUAAUAUUACAAUAGAAAUGAGGUGAAAUGUUUAAAUUGUCCAUCAUCCUGCAUUUCUUGUACUUCUCCAAUUGAUUGUCAAGAUUGUUAAACUUCUUAUACUCUAACUAAGCUAGGUUGCGUUUGUAAAUAAAAUUAAUAUGAGGAUUCAAAUUAAUGCAAAGAUUGCCCUACAUUAUGUGCAUAAUGUUUAAGUGAUAGCUAUUGUAUAGAAUGUUUCCUUACUGAUUUUAGAGAGCCAAAAAAUGGAUAAUGCGUUUGUAUGCCGGAAUAUUACUCAGUAGCAAGCAGUUCAAUUUGUUUAUAAUGCCAUGUGUUGUGUAAAGUAUGUAAUGGACCAUCUUUUCAUGAUUGCUAAAUUUGCAAGGACAUAAUCGGUAUUGAAUAGGUAGGCACUACUUGUCAAUGCCCAAAUUAGCAAUUGUAUAAUCAACUUUCUAAUUCUUGUACUGAUGUUUAACUUCCUUUUUCAGAUGUAUGUGGAGAUGGAUUUGUUACUGACUAAGAAGAAUGUGACGAUGGUAAUGAUAUUUAGUUUGAUGGAUGUUAUAAUUGCAAAUUUUAAUGUUAAGAAUCUUGUACAAAAUGUUAGUUAGGUGAUUGUCAAGAAUGUGCUGGAGGGUGGUACAUAGAUCCAUAAACAUGGAGAUGUAAGGAGAGAUGUGGAGAUUUAAUUUUGGUAGGAUAGGAAUAAUGUGAAGAUCGCAAUUAAUUAGAUAAUGAUGGAUGCAAGGAAUGCAGAUUUUAAUGUAGUAUUGAUUGCUCAUCAUGCAAUUAAUUGGCAAGUAUAUGUGAAUCUUGUUAAUUUCCAGGAUUCAUACCAAAUCAAUAUUUUUGCGAAAAUAAUUGUGGAGAUGGUUUUGUUGUAGUAGAUCCAUCUGGAAAAUUUACAGAAAUUUGUGAUGAUAUAGGUUGUAAUACAGAUUGUAAGUCCUGUAAAGAAGGAUAUGUACUUAUUAAUAGUAUUUGUGAACCUAUUUGUUAUGAUUCCUUAUUAGUUGAAAAAGAAAUGUGUGAAGACACUUUUAUAUUGCCAUACAGAGGUUGUUAAAAUUGUAAAUCAAAGUGUUAAUUGUCUUGCUUAAUAUGUGAUACAACAGGUAAAGGAUGCUUAUCAUGUGAAAUAGGUUAUGAAAUAUUUGAUUAUAUUUGUUAUUCUAUUUGUGGAGAUUAAAUAAUAACAAUUGAUGAAGAAUGCGAUGAUGGUAAUUUAAUAAUAGGAGAUGGAUGCCAUUUUUGUUAAUAUAGUUGUUAAGAUUCAUGUUUAAAUUGCAUUAAAGGAAAAUGUUUGAAUUGUUUGGAUAAUUAUUAAUUAGUAAUAUCAACUUGUUAAUAAAAAUGUGAUAAUAAUAUUCCUAACCCUUUUGGAUAAUGUGAUUAUAUUAUAUCUAGUAAUGAUGGAUGUUAUUAAUGUCUACAAUGCCCAGAAAAUUGUGAUUUCUGUCAAAAUGGAAUAUGUGUAAUAUGUUAAAAUAACUUCGAACUUGACAAUAUAUAUAAUCAAUGCAUCCAAAUUCAAUUUACUUAAUUUGAGAUCUAACAAAAUUGUGUAUAAUUAAGAGAUAAUCAGUGUCUUACUCAAAGUGAAGCAUUCAUUGAUUUAAUUACAAAUCAAGAUUUUGUAAUUGAUAGAUGUCCAUAAAAUUGUAAGAUUUGUAUAUUUAAUAAUUGUAUGGAAUGUUAAUAAGGUUAUUAUGGAAAAAUCUGUAUGUCAAAAUGUGGAGAUAAUAUUAUUGUAUCGGAAGAGGAAUGCGACGACGGGAAAGGUUGGCUUCCUAAUGAAUGUUAUAAUUGUAAAUUAAUUUGUCCAGAUUUCUGUAAAUCAUGUAUUUUUGGGAUUUGCUAAGAAUGUUAAUCUGGGUUUUAUAUAGAUAUGAUAAGCAAUACUUGCAAUACUAUUUGUGGUGAUAAUAUAUUAGCUUCAAAUGAGAUUUGCGAUGAUGGAAAUAAUAUAGAAUUUGAUGGAUGUUUUUAAUGUUAAUAUUAAUGUGAAAUUGAAUGUAUUGAUUGUUAAUUUGGAAAAUGUGUUUAAUGUUAAGAAAAAUUUAUAUUAUCUAAAUCAAAAGAAAAAUGUGAAUCUGUAUAAUCUUGUGAACCUUAAGAUGGAUUAUAUUAUGAGAACAAUUCUAAUAGUUGUGUUAAUUUAUGUGGAGAUGGUAUUGUAGCAGGUAAUGAAGAAUGUGAUGACUCUAAUACUAUUCCAUAUGAUGGAUGUAAUGAAUGUAAAUUUCAAUGUAAUUAAUAAUGUAUACUAUGUGAAAAAGGAAUUUGUCUUAUUGAAUCAUGUUAAUUAGGUGCUAUAUUGAUUAAUAAUUCUUGUUGUGGGGAUACUAUUUUAAAUGGUGAUGAAGAAUGUGAUGAUGGUAAUUAAAUAGAUUUUGAUGGAUGUUCAAACUGUUAAUUUCAAUGUAAUAAAUUUUGCAGUGUUUGUUUGUAAGGCAUAUGUGUAGAAUGUAUCGAAGAAUAUAAAUUAGAAGAUAAUAAAUGUAUUAAAAAUGAAUAUAACGUAACAGAAAAUCAACAAUCUAAAAAAAUAGAUUAAAAUCAAGAUGAAAUUUGUCGUAAUAAUGAAUGUGCAUUUUCACUUAGGCCAUAAAUGAGACUUGUUUUUAUAAAUUAAACUUUCAAUCAUUAAUAUAUUGAAAUUAAUUUUGAUUAGUAAGUUCAAUUAGCAGCAUUACAAGAUGAAGAAUAAUUGUAGAUAUUUGAAAUACUAAUUUAAGAUUUAAAUGAAUAAUAUUAUAAUAUAUAGCUUUAUACAAUUUUAGGUAUCGGUUAAGAUUUACAAGAUGUCUAAUAUGUUAUUGACAUAGAAAUAUAUUUAGAGUUAUAAGAGAAACCUAAUUUAUAAAUUACUUUGAUUUAGAAUGUUGUUAAUUUUAAUAAUUAAACUAUUAUUUAACCAUAGAGAUCUAUAUUGCUUUAUAUUCCUAGAAUUAUGAGCUAAGAACUGAAAUCAAAAGCCAUUUCCAUAAGUAAAACCAAUAUAGCAUUUAUGAUCUCUGCAAUUUCUAUUUCUACUGUAUCAUUAAUUUUUGGUGAAGCCUCUUUAUUUAUUGAAACUUUAAGCACUCUUUAAUAUUAAUCCUAUCUCAAAUUCAUUAAUCUUGAAUAUCCAGAAAAUUUAUAUAUGUAUUUUUAAACCUCUGAGAUGUUAUCAAUAUCCAAUUACUUAUAAAAUUUGUAGAUAGAAUAUUUUCUAGGUAUUAUUACAAGAAAGGAAGAGAAUCAAAUUAAAACAAAUGGAAAGUUUGCAAUAUAUGA